GAAGGGGGCGUGGUUAACACAAGGGGGCGUGGCCUGGUGCCUUCCGGGUCGGGACCGGCCGAGCGGAGCCGAACCGGGACGGGCCGGGCCCAGCGGGACCGGGACCAGCCGAACUCACCGGGCAGAGCAGCGCGAACCCGAGCGGGGCGAGCGGGACCCGCUCGGGCUGAGCCGAACCGAGCCGAACCGAACCGGGAGCAGCCGAACGCGCUCGGGCCGAGCCGAGCGGAGCCGGGAGCAGCCGAAGGAGCUCGGUUCGGCCGGUCCCGCCGCGGCCAUGGGGCAGAUCGAGUGGGCCAUGUGGGCCAACGAGCAGGCGCUCGCCGCCGGGCUCAUCCUGCUGACGGGCGGCAUCGUGGCGGUGGCGGGGCAGUUCAAGGGCUGGUACUUCGCCGCGUAUUCCAUCGCCGCAGGUGUGCUGGUCUGCCUGCUCGAGUAUCCCAGGAGCAAGCGGCAGAAGGGCUCCACCAUGGAGAGGUGUGGCCAGAAGUACCUGACAGCCGUGGUGAAGCUGUUUGGGCCCCUCACCAGGAAUUAUUACAUCCGAGCCAUCCUCCACGCUGCCCUGGCUGUCCCUGCUGGUUUCCUCCUCUCCACCAUCCUGGGCACUGUCUGCCUGGGCAUUGCCAGUGGCAUCUACCUGCUGGCUGCAGUUCGAGGGGAGGAGUGGAGACCCAUCGAGCAGAAGCCCCGGGAGCGGCCACAAGUGGGGGGCACCUUCAAGCAGCCCCCCAGCAACCCCCCGCCCCGGCCCCCGCCCGACGCCCGCAAGAAGCAGCCCGAGGUGGGGGGGCAGGUGAACCCCAUCCCCGUGGAGGUGGAAUAAUGGGGGAUCCUGCUGCCCUGCUGCCCUGCUGCUGCUUCCCAGCUGCUCCUGGACCCGCUGCAGGGAUCCCCAGAACCCGGCACCAGGGGGUGCUGAGCUCCUGCUGUGGGUUCCUGGCUCCUGGUGGUGCUCAGAUCCCCGGGAUCAUCAUUUCCCCCUGCUCCCCAAGGGAUUCCCAAAUCCCCAGUGAUGCUGUGGCCAUCUCCAAAUCCCCAGCAGUGCUCAGCUCCUCUAUGAUCUCAGUCUUCUAGGGAUCCCCAAAUCCCCUAAGAUGCUCAGUUCCCAAAUUCCCAGCGAUGUGAUGUUCCCUGUGGGGUUUCCAGUCCCCAAGGGCUUCCCAGCUUCUGGAGAUUCCCAAAUUCCUGGGGAUGCUCAACUCCCUGUGGGGUCUUCAGCUCCUGGACCUCUCUAAAACCCCAGGGAUGUUCAGCUGCCUGUGGGGUCUGCAGUCCCCAAAGAGCUCGCCAGGUCCUAAGGAUCCUCCAAAUCCUUGGGAAUUCUCAGCUCCCUGCAUCUCCUGUUUCCAGGGGCUCCUCAGCUCCUGGAAAGCCCCAAAUCCCUGGGCAUGCUCAGCUCUCUGAUGGUCCCAACUCUCCAAGCCCCCCCAUUUCCCUGAGGGAUCCCCAAAUCCCUGUGGAACUCCAGCUCUCAGGGAAUCCCCAGUGCCUGGGGGGGAUCAGGCAGCUCUGCUCUGGCUCUCCCUGGAUUUUUGUCACUUCUGCAGCUGCUGUUGCAAUAAAAAGUGGGAAAGGCA